AUGUCAACUCCAUCGACGAGCUGCAAAAUUGAUAUUGGUCGUUUGGAAGGUAAAGAAAAUUGGUCUACAUGGCGCUGCAAAGUCCUGUUACUGCUAAGAGGCACGCCUGGCGGGUUAGACGCUAUAAGCGGAAACCUUAAGCCACCGACGUAUCCCGAAGCGGAUGGUACAUCUGCAGACCAGACUAUUGCAUUAAACAAAUAUCACAAAGCUCUACAAGACUACAACGAGAAAGAUAGUACCGCUAUGCUGAUGUUAUUGGCUAACAUGUCAGAUAACACACUACAGAAAGUAAUGCGAUUGACCAGUGCCAAACAAAUUUGGGACGAACUGCAUACUUUGUUCGAUGGUACAUCUGAAGAUAAAAGUUACAAUCUGUGCUACAGCUUCUUUAGUUAUAAAAAAGAUCCCCUACAUGACAUGUCCAUGCAUAUAUCUAAAUUAAAAAAUAUAUGGCAUGAAUUAAAGGUCGAGCUGCAAAAGGAUGAAUCUAAAUAUAAUCUUCCUGAGAUUUUACUCAUUUGCAAGAUAUUAGAAACAUUACCAGAUGAUAGCUACUUCCCCUUCAAGUCCAGUUGGAUGCUUAUGUCAAAAAAGGACCGUAACAUUGAAAAUUUAACAGCGCAAAUUUGUUGUUACGAGAGAUCUUUAAUGAACAAAGAAGAAGAAACCGAGACUCAAGCGCUUACAAUACAGAAGUCUUUUCGCAAAAUAAAGAAGAAAUGCGGAUAUUGCAAACUUAUUGGGCAUAACGUCAAGCAAUGUCGAAAGUGGAUUGCAGAUGGAAAACCUCCUAAAGAAUCACAAACAUCUAAAGAUCAAGCGAACAAUCAGAACUUAAGCCUGAAUCUAAUGCAAGUUGAGACAAAUGAAGCAGUGACCAACUUUGAAGAUCUUGAAAACUGGUAUGUAGAUAACGGUGCAACAAGCCAUGUCACCUGUAAACCUGACAUAUUCUCUAGUUUUCAACAUUUUACUACAAACCAGACAGUUACAACUGCAAAUGGAUCUACAACUGAAGCAAUUGGAAAAGGAACAGUAGAAUUGAUCGCAGAUGUUCAUGGUCGACAAGAGCAUAUUACCUUAUGCGAUGUUUGGUAUGUUCCCGCAAUAAGACGCAACCUGUUCUCUGUACUCGCCGCACAAGAUAAACUACAAAACAGUGUUUUUACAUCUGAAAGAGAAAUCUGUCAACUGAUAAAUAAUGGAAAAGUAAACUUGAUUGGUACACGUGUUAAAAAUGGAGGUCUCUAUAAGCUUAAAGUCAAAACCAUUAGAAUAUCAACCUCACAAGUAAACACUUUGUCAACACAGAACACUUUACAACUUUAUCAUGAAAGAUUCGCACAUCAGAAUAAAAGACAUGUUAAAAACUUGAUUGAAAGGGAACUUAAUAUCAAAGUUAAACUCGAUUCUGAAUUAUGUACAGGAUGUGUAUACGGUAAGACACAUAGACGCAAAUUUGGAACAAGAGAAAGAGCUAAAGAAGCAGGAAAUAUAAUUCAUAGCGAUGUUUGUGGACCAUUUCCGAACUCAUUCUCAAAAUUACGCUAUUUUGUAUUAUUCAAAGAUGACUACAGCAACUUUCGUCAUGUUUACUUCAUCAAACAUAAGUCUGAAGUGAAAGAUAAACUCGUGCAAAUGAUCAAAGAAACGAAGACGGCUGGUCAUAAUAUCAAAACAAUUAUUAGCGAUAAUGGAGGUGAAUUUAAGAAUGAAGCUAUUGAAAAGAUACUAGAUUUGCAUGGCAUACAGCACCGGUUUACAAUGCCAUAUACACCAGAGCAAAAUGGAUCUAGUGAACGAGAAAAUCGAACCCUCGUAGAAGCUGCUCGUACUAUGAUGCAUGCUCACGAAGAACUGCCACUUGCCUGUUGGUCAGAGCUUGUUAACACGGCUGCGUACGUCCUAAACAGAACUGGGCCAACUUCUCAAGAAGGAAAAUCACCAUUCGAGCUGUGGUUUGGAAAGAAACCAGGUAUUAAACACUUACGAAUUAUUGGAACUGAAUGUUUUGCACAUGUACCCAAACAGAAGCGAACAAAAAUGUCCAAGAAAGCUGUAAAAUGUAUACUUAUUGGAUAUGAUGGUGAUGAUGGCUAUCGGUUACUGCAAUAUAAUCACAACAGCGAACCAAUGUUGAUACGUUCGAGAGAUGUUAUAUUCAAAGAAUCACUAAUUAAGUCAGUUGGAUUAGAAUCUGACAUAUCUGAAUUGGAUAAAGACGUUGAAGAAAAUGAUACAGAAAUUACACUCAAUUUUCCAAAGGCUACAGAAAGUCAACCAAUGUUUGAAGCAAGGGAGGAUAUAUCACAAGAUGUGGAAGUUCUGCCUCAAACAUCGAAUGACUUACACCAACAUGAGGAAGAUUUGGAUGAUUCGUCUUCUGAGCCUCAUUAUGAUCGAAUACUUCGUGACAGAUCGAAACUGCAGGCACCAAUUAGGUAUGGUGAUUUCAUAGCCAAUAUUUCAAUCAACGAUGAUCCAAUGACUUAUAAAGAUGCUAUAAAUAGUCCACAGAAGACUGAAUGGCUCGACGCUAUGAAAAGUGAAAUAAAUGCUUUGAAUGACAACAAUACUUGGUUUUUAGUAGAUCGCCCAAAAGAUAGAAAAUUAAUAUCUUGUAAAUGGGUCUUCAAGAAAAAGAUAAAUGCAGAUGGAAGUCUUGACAAUAUCGCAGCAAACGAAGGGCUAACCCUUAUACAGUUUGAUGUUGUUACUGCCUUUCUAAAUGGAACACUUGAUGAAGACAUCUACAUGAACCAACCUGAAGGAUUUAAUGAUGGCACAAAUAAAGUUUGCAAACUAAAGAGAAGCCUUUACGGACUAAAACAAGCUCCACGUUGCUGGAAUAAGUGCAUAGUCGACUAUCUUAAGACAAUAGGAUUUAAACAAUCAGAAUCUGACCCGUGUCUAUUUAUACGAAUGAUUUUAAACAAACAACAAAAAGCUGAGAGUAAAACCAUUAUAGGCCUCUAUGUUGAUGACGGAUUGAUUGCUUCUACUAAUCAAAAGGAAUCAUUAAAGUUUUUAAUUGAACUCAAAAGAAGGUUUAAAAUAACAACGAAACCAACUUCCUACUUCCUGGGUCUAGAGAUUAAUAAUAAAAAAGAUGGUUCCAUUAUGGUCUCUCAGAAAUUAUAUACUAAGAAGAUUUUGGAAAGAUUUGGGAUGGGUGACUGUAAAGCAGUUAGUACUCCAAUCAUUAAAGAAUCACAGUCAGAUGCGGAGACGGACAAUGAAAAAGUCAAAUUUCCAUAUAGGGAAGCUGUCGGUGCACUGGCAUAUCUAAUGACAGGAACCAGACCAGAUAUUUCUUAUGCCGUAAGCAUUGUAUCUAGGACACUUGACAAUCCAAUGAAUGAAGAUGUUCUUAAAGUAAAACGUAUAUUUCGAUAUCUAAAAGGAACUCUAGAUUCGGCGAUUGUUUACAAAAAGGGACACAAACCCGGAGUAUUAGAAUGUUACAGCGACUCUGAUCACGGUGGAGAUCGAUCUACAGGACGUUCAACUUCUGGAAUUAUGUGCAUUUAUGCAGGAGGAGUGAUCUCUUGGGCAAGUCGUAAGCAAACAUCUGUAGCAAUCUCGAGCACUGAAGCCGAAAUAGUCGCUGCCAGCGAAGCAGCACGAGAGAUAGUUUGGCUGCGUAGACUUUUCAAUGAGAUAACAAUAAUAAAAGAUAUCCCAAUUUUACAAAUUGACAAUGACGCAGUAAUAAAGCUUGCGCAAAAUCCAGAAUUACACAGAAGAACAAAGCACAUUGCGAUUCGUCAUUUCUACGUUAGAGAACUAGUUACAGACAAAGAAUUAUUAGUAAAAUAUGUUCCUACUGAAUACCAAUGUGCCGACAUUCUCACUAAACCCAUGGACUUAUACGAAAUUGAGGACUUUCCAAAGAAGAUCUACAUAAUGACAUCGGUUCUGCUGUUCCACUGCUGUAUGAAUUCGCAAAAGGGCCAAGUGGAUAAAGAUAUUUGCGUAGCGUUGUCCAGUUUUGAGCAGGAGGUCAUUUUGAAGUUUUGCGAGGCUCUUUGUCAGAUGGAAGUUACAGUGAACAAUAUAAACACGGCUAUUAAGGAAGCUUUUGAAACGAGAACUAGAGUGAUGAAUAUUGAAUCCAAAACUGAUACAUCAAACUCAUCCAUGCAAAUAGUUCCAUCUGCUGAUAGGCAGAAAGAAAGGAAACCAAAGCUUACAUUCAAGUCUUCCAUUACAGUUCUACCUUCGGUUAUCACAGAUACGUCGAUGUCGAAGUCCUCAUUUGAAGCGUAUUCUGACCUAUCUAACUACCAGGUAGCAUACGGACGGUUUGACACCAUGGAAGUCACAUCUUCUGAUUCUAAGGAUACGGAAGAAUCUCUCUGCAAAUCUCAAAAACCCUUGGACCACCAAAAGUCUAAGUGCCAAGAAGAUUGUGCAUGCACUAAAUGUAUCACCUCGAAGACUUGCUGUGGAGACCCUGGCAGGUCAACGGUAGAAUGUGAUCAGCCAGUAAAAAAAAUAAUGUACGUUACACCAGACUGGCUAUGGCACUGUAACAAUGGAUUUUGUAAUAAGGUUUUCAGACCUACAAAAAAUGAAAACAUGCAUUCUUCCAUGAGCAGAUGUAAAUUACUGUGUUCCGGACCACAGCUUUGGCCACACCCAAUUGGCUAUACAUACUUCAGCAAAACAAUAGUGAAUCUAGCGACCAGUAGAUUAGAAUAUAAGUUCCAAUCAAUACCGUCAGAUGCUGUCCACCAAUAUUUAGCAGAGGCAUUUAAACUGUUCCUUAAAGAUCUCGCGAGACUAGAGAAAAUUGAUACAAAAUCGAGGGAACAAUUAAUAGAACCUGUCAAGAAAAUGAUUAUACAAAUAGACAUUGAAAGUGAUUUUGAUCCUAGACUGAGAAUUAACACGGAUGAAGCGUACAUGGUGAAAAUUGAUACAAUAAAACAUCAGGUUUUCAUCAAAGUAAGUGCUGUGUCGUUUUGCGGUGUAAGACACGGUCUUGAAACACUUACCCAAUUGAUACUCUUAGACCAGAGUACAGGAAACUUAAUAACAUUAUCGCAUGCCGUGGUAAAAGAUGCACCGACUUAUAAGUAUAGAGGGCUGAUGGUAGACACCGGAAGGAACUAUAUCCCAGUAAUGGAUCUAGUACGAACAAUAGAUGCCAUGGCUAUGUGUAAGCUAAAUACCUUUCAUUGGAGAAUUUCAGAUGUAACCAGCUUUCCUCUGAAACUGACCAAAGUACCACAACUAUUUGAAUAUGGUGCCUACGAUAAAACUAUGCUGUAUACAAAAGAAGACGUUAAAAUGAUAGUAAAAAGGGCUGGGGUACGAGGAAUUAGGGUGUUAAUAGAAGUUGCGUUACCUGGACCCGUAGGACGUCCAUGGUCAUGGCUCCCAGAAGCAAGUUGUCCAACUAAAACUGAAAAUCUCACAUGCGACAAUCUUCCGUGUCUGCGAGUUUUAAUGAGGGAAUCGGUAUUUGAAAUCAUACAAAAUAUAUAUACAGAAAUACUUGAAUUAACGAAAGUUGAUGAUGUUUUUCAUUUGAGUGAUGGCGUAUUUUCCCUAUCACGUUGCAAAAAUUUAUUGGAAGACAGAGAUGGGUAUCUGGAUAAGGCAUUGUAUAUAUUACGAAUGGCUAAUAAAGGGUUCCUACCGAAAUUACCAAUUGUCUGGUAUUCGCUACAUUUGCUGAGGGAUUUCGAGGCUAAAGUUUGGGAAAGACUUGGUGUGCAACUUUACGAUUGGACACACAGUCCACAAGAACAGUACUUAAGCCAAUUCAAAGUAAUACAUUCAACGAAGUGGGAUUUGUCUUGUGAAAUCAAAAAACAGCGAUGUACAAAAUACAGGACAUGGCAAGAGAUGUACUCGUGGAAAUCUUGGAGGAACAUCGAAGUGUUUACUAUAGAAGGCGGUGAAGCUAUAUUGUGGACUGAUUUAGUUGACACUGGUAACUUAGACGAACACUUGUGGCCUCGAGCGGCAGCGGUAGCGGAGCGUUUGUGGUCAGAUAUGGUCGCGAAUUCCAGCGCUACGAAGUUCGUGUACUUAAGACUCGACACUCACAGAUGGCGUAUGCUGCUACGUGGUAUAAAAGUACAACCAAUUUGGCCGGCUUGGUGUAGCUUCAACCCUGGGACGUGUUUGGAAAGAAUCCCAUAA